CACUCACUAUUUUCACUAAAGAAAGUCAAUUCAAAACUUUAGAAAGCUCUCUUGUACUGUAUUCGCUUCGCUUGCUUUAAUCGAUCUCUUCAAGCCCAACCCAUUGAAACCGCCUCCUUCAACAUCCAAUAGGGACGACGACAAGAUGUUCCGUCGCCAAUCAUCAACAACGACGACGAUAUUUCGGGCGUGGCUAAACAGAAGAACAUUUGCAUCUUCACAACAAGCCGACGCUGCAAUCAGCUCCUCAUCAACAGAAGAAACCAUAAUCGUAAGACCAUCUUCCCCAACUCCAUCCCACUUAGCCAAAUUCAAGCUCUCCCUCGUCGACAACCACAUGGCUCCUUGUUACGUCCCCUUAGUCUUCUUCUACAAAAACCCCGCUCCCACAGAAGGAGGGAAAAUAUUCGACGCCCUCAAAUCCUCACUCGCCCACGCUCUCACGCGCUUCUACCCGCUCGCCGGAAGGCUGCUGUCCAGCCCCUCCGGCUCGCUCCCCGUCGUGCAUUGCAACGACGAGGGCGUCCCCUUCACUUUCGCCGCCGCGGGCUGCGGCGGCGAAAGCCUGGAUUCGUUUCUCAGAGGCGGCCCUGAAAUCGUCGACUCGCUCCAGCGAUUCCUUCCUUUCCCGGCGCACAUGGUCGGCACGCCGGCGGGGAUCGAGUCGGCGCCGCAGAUCGCGUUCCGGGCCACCGUCUUCCCCUGCGGCGGCGUCGCCAUCGGGGUCUGCUUGCUGCACAAGGUAAUCGACGGCCACACCGUCGCCGAUUUCAUGAGGCUCUGGGCCGCCAUCGUCCGCGGCGGAAACGAACGCACUGUCGCCGGCGGCGGCGGGCCGUUUGCUCACAAUCGAGGCGCCACGUGGCUCUUCCCCGCGCGUGUGGGUGACGUGGUGCCUUCGGUGGAGGAUUUAGAAUGCGAAGAAGGAGGAAAUAAGAAGAAGGAGAAGAAUGUGACGAGGAGAUUUGUGUUCAAUGAGGAAGCCGUCUCGGCGCUGAAAGGUAGAGCCAGGAGCGAGCGGCUGCCCAAACCGGGUCGGUCCGAGGCGGUUGGCGGGUUGCUAUGGAAAUCUGCGGUCGACGCUGCCGCCAUUGCUUCGUCGCCCGAUGAGUUCAAGGCCGGUUCGGUUUACUCGGUUGCAGUGAUGGCGGUGGACCUUCGUUAUCGAUUGAGUGAACCAUGUGCGGACUACUGGGUUGGCAACCUGAUGUGGGGCAACAUCUCAUCGUACCAGAACAUCAACCAAAUUCAUUCUCCGGAUGAUGAAACUCAGACAACAUUGCAGCAAUUGGCGCACAAAUUGAGGAGCUCGAUCGAGAAAGUGGACGAGGAUUUCAUGGAGAGGAUAGAAGGCGGAGGCGGAAGGGAAGAAUAUACGAGAAACGAGGAGAUGAAGUGCAAGAUGCUGGCCGCCGGCGCUGCAGGAAGGGAGAGCAAGGCGAUGUACUUUGUGGUGUCCAGCUUGAUCAGACUGGGACUGUACGACGUGGAUUUUGGAUGGGGGAAGCCGGUGUGGAUUGGCAUGGCCAAAUUCGCAGAUCAUGUAAACAACGUAAUCCUUUUGAUGGAGUCGCCAACUGGGUAUGGAGUGGAAGCUUGGGUUGCCUUGAACGAGCAAGAUAUGGCCUUAUUAGAGCGCGAUGAUGAAUUCCUUGCUUAUGUAAACAAUAACCAAAAUGUAAUCUAAUCUCUCGUAUGUAACACUGCCUUUCUUUUUUUUCACUCGUUUUUGUUUCCCUCUUUUUCUGUUGCUACGUUUUGAACUUUCGAUAACAACCAAAUUGUUGCUAUCUCUAACUUUUAUUAUCGAGGCGUUUGUGUGCUAAAUCAUCAUACCGAGACAACAUUAGAAGCUAAUUUUAUGCUGAUGAUUUGUGUUCCUAUACAUCGAUUAUGAGUUUUGGCAUGAUGAGUUAGGUUGCAAGGAAGGUUUUUCCAUGGGAAAUCAUCCUGUUUCGUCACGACCAAGGUUACGACUGUAGCGUAGGCUAUGACGUGUCUUUGGUCACCGUUUUGUCUAGUGUCACUGUCCCGAGGUCGUGACGUGCACCAAAAAUCUUUAUAUAAACAUCUUUUCCACAAUUGACAAAAUAUGGUCGGCCUAUAGUGAGAAAUUAGGGUUUGGAUAAUUUUUAGUGAGAGAAAGGGCCUUGGAGGAGCGCUACGAAAGGAAUAAGUCAUCCAAGAAUCAAGGAUAAAGGUGCAA